AUGAUGUCGUACCUGAAAGUAAUCGUCAUAUGGAACAUACUUUGCAUUUCCCUGGUGAUCCUUUCACUGCCCUUGAUUCAAGAAGUGUCUUCUCAAGCACUCUCCUGCAGAGGACGUUGCUUUGAAGCCUUUGAAAGAGGAAGAGAAUGUGACUGUGAUGUAGACUGCAGCAGAUAUGGCAAAUGUUGCCCAGACUACGUGGAACACUGUGAAGAGGCACACACUGAAAAGUCACCACCAGAAGACAAAUCAACGUCUAAAAGAUCAUCCAAAAAUGAGGAAAAGCCAGAGGAAGUAACACAGCCCCAUGAAGUUAUGGAAGAUACCCCACUGACAACAGCAGCAUCAACAGCCAAGGCGGAAUCUCCCAUCACGCCCAAACCUGAAGACACAACCCCGGCAGCCACAGAGACAUCUCCCACCACCCCUAAACCUGAAGAUACAACCCCGGAGGUCACAGAAGCAACAAGCAAGGCAGAACCUCCCACCUCUCCCAAAGUAGAAGACACAACAACUGAAUCAACAGAGCCGCCAACAACCGAGGCAGACCCUCCCACAACCCCUAAGCCUGAAGACACAACCCCUGAACCCACAGAGCCACCAACUGAAGCAGACCCUCCCACCACCCCUAAGCCUGAAGACACAACCCCUGAAGCCACAGAGGAACCAAUAACUGAAACAGACCCUCCCACCACCCCUAAACCUGAAGACACAACCCCUGAACCCACAGAGCCACCAACUGAAGCAGACCCUCCCACCACCCCUAAGCCUGAAGACACAACCCCUGAAGCCACAGAGCCGCCAACAACCGAGGCAGACCCUCCCACCACCCCUAAACCUGAAGACACAACCCCUGAACCCACAGAGCCACCAACUGAAGCAGACCCUCCCACCACCCCUAAGCCUGAAGACACAACCCCUGAAGCCACAGAGCCGCCAACAACCGAGGCAGACGCUCCCACCACACCUAAACCUGAAGACACAACCCCUGAACCCACAGAGCCACCAACUGAAGCAGACCCUCCCACCACCCCUAAGCCUGAAGACACAACCCCUGAAGCCACAGAGCCAACAACAACAGAGGCAGAUGCUCCAACAACUCCCAGGGUAGAAGAUACAACCCCUGAGGCCACAGAGGAACCAAUAACUGAAGCAGACUCUCCCACCACCCCUAAGCCUGAAGACACAACCCCUGAAGCCACAGAGCCAACAACAACCAAGGCAGAUGCUCCAACAACUCCUAAAGUAGAAGAUACAACCCCUGAAGCCACAGAGGAACCAAUAACUGAAGCAGAAUCUCCCACCACCCCUAAGCCUGAAGACACAACCCCUGAAGCCACGGAGCCAACAACAACCAAGGCAGAUGCUCCAACAACUCCUAAACUAGAAGAUACAACCCCUGAGGCCACAGAGGAACCAAUAACUGAAGCAGACUCUCCCACCACCCCUAAGCCUGAAGACACAACCCCUGAAGCCACAGAGCCGCCAACAACCGAGGCAGAUGCUCCAACAACUCCCAAGGUAGAAGAUACAACCCCUGAGGCCACAGAGGAACCAAUAACUGAAGCAGACUCUCCCACCACCCCUAAGCCUGAAGACACAACCCCUGAACCCACAGAGGAACCAGUAACUGAAGCAGACUCUCCCACCACCCCUAAACCUGAAGACGCAACCCCUGAAGCCACUGAGGCACCUACAACUAAGGCUGACUCUCCCACCACCCCUAAACCUGAAGACACCACCCCAGAGCCACCAACAACCAAGGCAGAUUCUCCCACCACCCCCAAACCUGAAGACACAACCUCAGAGGCCACCGAGGCACCUACAACUAAGGCUGACUCUCCCACCACCCCAGAGGCACUUACAACCAAGGCAGAUUCUCCCACCACCCCUAAACCUGAAGACACAACCCCAGAGGCCACCGAGGCACCUACAGCCAAGGCUGACUCUCCCACCACCCCAGAGGAACCAAUAACCAAGGCAGAUUCUCCCACCACCCCCAAACCUGAAGACACAACCUCAGAGGCCACCGAGGCACCUACAACUAAGGCUGACUCUCCCACCACCCCAGAGGCACUUACAACCAAGGCAGAUUCUCCCACCACCCCUAAACCUGAAGACACAACCCCAGAGGCCACCGAGGCACCUACAACCAAGGCUGACUCUCCCACCACCCCAGAGGAACCAACAACCAAGGCAGAUUCUCCCACCACCCCCAAACCUGAAGACACAACCCCAGAGGCCACCGAGGCACCUACAACCAAGGCUGACUCUCCCACCACCCCAGAGGAACCAACAACCAAGGCAGAUUCUCCCACCACCCCCAAACCUGAAGACACAACCCCAGAGGCCACUGAGGCACCUACAACCAAGGCUGACUCUCCCACCACCCCAGAGGAACCAACAACCAAGGCAGAUUCUCCCACCACCCCCAAACCUGAAGACACAACCCCAGAGGCACCAACGACCAAGGCAGAAUCUCCCACCACCCCUAAGGCAGAAGACAGAACCCCAGAGGCAUCAAUGAUCCAGGCAGACUCUCCUUCUACCCCUAAAGUAGAAGAGGCGGAAUCUUCCACAGCCCCUAAGGUCAAGGGAACUACCCCUGUAGGCACUAAGGCCAACACCACUGCCAUACAAAAAACAUCUAUGGAAGUAACAGCUACUGGUCCUGGAUUAGUAACAACUGCUAAAGACAUGAGCACUCAAAGUACUGUGACUGUCACAACAACUACAAAAGAAAAACCCAUACCUGGCUCAGAUACAACAGUUUUAGAAACAACUGAGAAGAAAAUUACAACUUUUGCACCCAAAGUAGCAACCAGCACAACUGUGAAAAACACAACUACAGGCGUUCAAAAGACUGUGGUGACAGAAACUAGAACUACUGAGAUUAUAACAGUUACUGACAAAAAAGACAAAACAACAGCUAAAACUAUUACUACUCCUAUAACUGAAGGGACAACAACUAAAACAGAAACAACCACAGUGAACAAAGAGGUAACAACACCCAAGAAAGACAAAACUACUGUGCUUAAAGACACUUUAACAACAACAAGUAGGAAAGACACAACUACUAUAACUUCAGAGAUAACACCUAAACAAGAUGACUCUCCUAAAGGUAAGGAUGAUAUUCCAAACGCAACUCCUACAGCUAAGCAAACUGUCACUACAGCAGCUGCAACAGAAACAACUACCAUAGACAAAAAGACUACAACAACAGCUGCAGAAAAAGAAGUAACCUCACCUAAACAGGACAAGACUCCCAUACCAAAAGAGACUUUCACAACUAAGAAAGAAGAAAGCACCAGAGGGACAGAGAGCGUAACAGCAGCUGCAGCAGUUACAACUCCCCUGCCCAAACCCACUGUGUUGACAACAACAGCAAAAACAGAUCCAACUCCUAAACCCAAGGAAAUUAUAGCAACAAAUAAAAAAGACACUACUACAGAAACUAAGCAGACAGUGGAAGCAGCUAAAGAGAGCAUAAGUAAUGCUUGUGUUAUUGUAGAGACAACAGCUGGUAAAAAAGAGGUAAUGGCCACCAAAGAAACUAACGUCACACCUGAAGAAGAAAUGCCCGAUGAAGACGAAAAGGCCCCAGGUAUUGACAAAGGGGAGGAAACUACAGUUACCAAAGAAACCACUACAAGAGAUAAAAAAGACACGAUAGAAGAAAUGUUUAUUGUUUCUAAAGGGACAUCAAAGCCAACUAUACAUUUCCAGGAGGUUACUGACACAAGAGAGGAGCCUCAUCCAGCUGACCCUGAAACUCUGCCAGUAGAGGAGCCUGAGAUAAACAAGCCUUUAAUACAAACCGACGACUUGCCAAUUUUACCUGGAGAAACACAAGCAAUGAAGGAUGAGAAGGACCUGUGCAAUGGGAAGCCAGCGGACGGCAUGGUGGCGCUGCCAAACGGCACCCUAGCCGUCUUCCGAGGUCACUACUACUGGCUGCUGAAUGGCAGGAGCCCACCAACAACCAAUCCCCGCCGGAUCAGUGACGGCUGGGGCAUCCCGUCCCCCAUUGACGCCGUCUUCUCCAGGUGCAACUGCGAUGGAAAGACUUUCUUCAUCAAGGGUCCCCUGUACUGGCGUUUUACUAAUGGCGUCAUGGAUAAAGGCUAUCCCAAACCUCUUGCAAAUGGAUUUGCAGGGCUAAGUGGAAAAAUAGUAGCAACCCUCCCUGUGGCAAGAUACAAUAACAGGCCAGAAUCUGUUUAUUUUAUCAAAAAAGACGGCAACAUGCAACAGUAUGUGUAUAGACAAGAACCAGCUAAGAAAUGUCAAAGAAGAACCCAGGUUACUGUAAGAUACCCAGCUUAUGUCCCAAGACUUGUAAUAAGGAGACGCUUCCAACGUGCAGUAAGAAUGCCAACCGUUAUUCAGACUGUCAGAAUCAACCCACGUUCAUCUGGAGUUUUGCGUAAGGAAAUCAAAAUGAGUGACUACUGGAAAGGGCUCCCAAAAGUUAUUCAUUCAACUAUAUCACUACCGAACUACAAUAAGCCAGAUGGCUAUGAUUAUUAUGCCUUCUCUUACAACCGAUACUACAGUUUGGAUAUUGGCAAAAGAAUAGCAAGACCUGUUACUGCUCUCACAGGAAAGACUGUAUCCAAGGACUGGUACAACUGUCCUAGCAAGUGA